AGAAACAAAAACAGCAACAACGAAAAACCUCUCCCACUUCACAAAGCAAAAAGAAAUAGCAGCAGCAGUAUCUGCUUAUAAUUUAGUGCAAACAGUUGUCAAUUAUUUCUCUCUCUCCAAAUUUGGAAAAUUCCUCUUGGAUUCUUCGCACCAAAAAAAUCUGGAGCAACCCCACGGUAAUGUGAGCAAAUUGCAGGCUCGCUGCAGCAGAUGUUCUUCCCAAAAUUUAAGGUGCGCUCCAAUUUUUUUUUAAUGCAGUAGCUGAAACAAUUCGCACAAACGAAUGACAAGCGAGUCGAGCGCCGGGUUCCACCACCACCACCACGCCGGAUUGUUCACACCCGGUGGAACAACGAGCAGCAGCAGCAGCGGCGGCAGUGGAAACUAUACUUACGGCGGAGGAAGCAUGAAUUUGGGCGGAAAUGAAUGCCCUAGCGGAAGAAUGCUCUUUGGUGCGCAGAAUUCUCUUGAUUCUUCGUUGACGCAUGUGCUGGAUUCGUUUCCCGGGUUGAAGCACGACGGCGGUUUCGCGGUCGAGUGGUUGAUUGAUGAACAGUACAAGUUAGAGGAGGGACUUGCCAAAUAUGCUAGUGAACCCAAUAUCAUAAAGUAUGUUAAGAUUGCUGCCUCACUUCGUGACAAGACGGUCCGAGAUGUUGCUCUGCGAUGCAGAUGGAUGAUGAGAAAGCGGAGGAAACAGGAGCAUCCGUGCUUCGGGAAGAAAGUUAAGGAUCGGAAGGAAAAAAUGGUGGAACCAGCUUUGAAGACUAACAUGCCUUCAGCUUCUUCAGUGAAUGUUGGUCCAUAUUCAUCAACCACAAAACAGCAGUGUGGUUACAUGAUCACAGGAGUACUGAGUGGCAUGACCAGACAUCUUCUAGAAGAAAACAGUCGGUCUUUUGAACAAAUUUCUGUAAAUCUUUCGACUCACAAGCUGCAGCAAAAUAUCGAUCUCUUUUUCCAUGUGAGGAAUAACAUAAUUACAGUUUUGGACAGCAUGACAAAAAUGCCUGGAAUCAUGAGUCAAAUGCCUCCUCUUCCAGUGCUCUUAAAUGAGGAACUCACAAGUAGCAUUUUUCCACCAUCAUCUCAGGUGUGUCCCAUUUCCAUUCUCCAUACUGUCAUUAUAGAACUUCGUCAUUUUUCAAAAAAUGCCAGCUUGCAUAAAGUAUGAUAGUUCUAAAUUUAUGAUUAUAUUUUCUGUUGAUUCUCAAUGAAUUGGUCGACAGUAAGCUACUUCUGAUGAAAACCAUUUCAGUUAACAUUUUUGUCAUCUUAGAUUUACAACAUUCCUUUAAAGGUUUGAACAAUGAUUUUUCUUUAAAAGAUUUCUAAAGCUUCUACCUUUUGUCAUUUUAAAAAAUUAGUUAGCACAAUUUAUUACUUAGCUCCUCCACACAACAUACUUUUAUAUCAAGUUUAGGAGAAGAGGACUUCUAUAGCAUAAAGAAGAAAAUAAAAAAACCACUUCUUUGCUUUCUUAUGCUAUGCAUAAAAGGUAUAAGGAAUAUUUUUAAAUUUGACAAUUUUGGAUAUUUGGAACUCGUUUCUUACAUAUUUCUAAACUUCUCUAGUUAUUAUAUCAUGAAAAAUGUUUAUGGGAGUAUGUAUUUUGUCACGACUAAUAAUGUACAGACAUAAACUUGAACAUGGGAAUCAAUCAUCACAUGAGAAGUUUCCUUCAGUUCUCCAGUAGAAAUAAUACUCGUGGUUGGUGAAUAUUGAACUUUCUAUACAUUGUGAGCAAACUAAUCUUCUUGCUUAUGAUAAAUACAUGAUCUAUAUUCAACAUGUCACCCACUCAAUUCUCUUCCAUUUCCAGCCGAUGAUGAUGUUCAGCUCGUCAAGUGUGGCACACGUGAAGCAGGAGCCUGGAUGCUGAUUGACGGCUCCUGGCUUUACCUUUAACGCAUUGAUUCUCUGUAAGUGUAAAAAGUAUUCCCCUGCAAAGGCUGAAGAAGAAAAGAAGCUUGCAGGUUUUGUAGCAUGGUGAUGUGUUAAAAAAAAUUAUUGGGGCUUAUGAUUUGAGGAAGAUGGAAUGCUACAGAAAAUAAAUUGAUGAGAGUGAAGUCCAGAUCUUGCAAAAAUAGUGACCAACCACUGACAUCUAAUGUUAGCUGCCACUUUUUUUGUAUUUAAGUUUUUCGGAAUAUAGUUCCGUCAUUGAUUCCAUUUUCGAAACUCAAAACUGCAUAUUUUGAAAUUAUUUGAAAAGCCUUAUCAAUUUAGGGUGAUUCACUGACAUUGUCAAAUGUAAAAUGUAUUCAAACUCCAGAGAUUAUUAUUCGCCCACUGUAUUUUAGUA